AACAAGUGGAAGUUUACAUCGACUGCUGUUUAACUGGCGUCUAUUUUGCCUCAUCAUCACCUACACACAUACGCAAACACAUACACACCAUUGACAGGGGUGACACACCAGUCCUCAUCGUAUACAGGAACGGUCACUUAGCCAAAUCGCCGCCCAUAACACACAAUAAGCCAUAUACACAAUAAGCUAUAUAAAUAUAAAGACAGCAUAUGGAGGGCUCCAGGCCAUUAUUCGAAACCACCGACUCCAUUAUCGAAGUCCUCUGGGACAUCGCCCUCGCCGUCUUCGUCAUCCGCGUCUCCUUCUACUAUUUCCUCCUCACCUUCCUCACCAGCCUACUCCUCGGCUACAUCGCCUACGCUGAACUCAUACCCAUAACCAUCUUCGCUCACUUUCUCUCCUCCUCUGACCCCGACCACAACAACCGCAUUCUCUGCUUGACCAUCCUCCUAACCAUCACCUCAGCAAUAUGGACUCACCUUGUCCUCCGCCACUUCGAGGUACCCCGCGUCGCCUAUUUUAGGUUAGCCAUCUGCUCCAUGGCGCUGGCAUUCAUGGUCUCAGCUGAGAUGGUGGUGGCUUUUGUGCUGUAUGAGGAAGGGUAUGGAGGGUGGAUGUGGGGGGAGAUGAAGAGCGUGGCAGGCGUGGCUUGGGGAGGUUGGAUGGUGAUGUACGCAGUGAUGCCAGUGUUGCUCAUGAGGGCGGAGAAGAGGAUGGAGGAAAAGAUGGAUAAUAGAACAGGAGGGCUGCGGCUGCGGCUUGGGUAUUAUGGAUGUAAGACGGUGAGGUAUUAGAGGUUGGGUGGUUGAUGGACUUUAUGAAUACUGAGAAUCGUUGGAAUGAUUGGGAAGCGAUGAAGCUAUCUUAUUGUCAAUGAAAGGGUCAUUAUGCAAUCCUGCAAUGGGCUGGGGAUACGCUACGUUGUGUAGAUGGGAAUCCAACUGCUAACAGAGCAGUGUCUCUCUCACUCAAUUGCCGCGCACCUGAAGGGAGCGUUGGGCAUGACGUAGAGGGAUAUUCAGAGCUAUCGCCCUGUUCGACCAAAUGCUCAUGUCGUUGGAAUGUUGCACUUUACGCAUGAUAGCACUGUGUAUUACAGUUCCAAAUCGGUAUCAGGAAUUCAUACGGAGGGUUUAAGGUCAGGGAAUUUUCACCAAGAUAGCCUUUUUUUUUUUUCUCUUCGAUGACUUUAAAAAGUAUGGACGGUACUAUAGACCUCUAAUAUUCCGUUUCAUGGUGGAACGUUAAACCCU